AUGAAGCCAAACGCCAAAAUAUGUGCUCAUGAAGGGAAAGAUUUAGAAGAUGCUACAAUGUACCGGCAGUUGGUAAGAAGUAUUAUCUACUUAACUUUAACAAGACCAAAUAUUUCUUUUGCAGUUGGUGUGAUGAGUCGGUACAUGCAACAUCCAAAGAAGCCUCAUUUGGAAGUAGUUCGUCGAAUUCUGAGAUAUGUGAAGAAUACGGCAGGCUAUGGUAUUAUGCACAAAAGAGGUGGAGGUUGUAAACUAGUUGGCUAUUGUGAUGCUGACUAUGCAGGUGACCAUGAUACUCGACGCUCAACUACCGGGUAUGUUUUUAUGCUUGGGUCGGGAGUAAUUUCUUGGUGUAGUAAAAUACAACCAACAGUGUCUUUUUCAACCACCGAAGCGGAGUACCAAGCAGCAGCGAUGGCAGCUCAAGAGAGCAGUUGGCUUAUGCAACUAAUAGAGGACUUGCAUCAACCAAUAAGUUAUCCGAUUCCUCUGUAUUGCGAUAAUUUGUCAGCAAUACGUUUGGUAGAGAAUCUAAUUUUUUAUGCAAGAACUAAGCAUGUAGAGGUGCAUUACCACUUUAUCCGAGAGAAAGUCUUGCAAGAGGAGAUUGAGUUGAAGCAUGUUAGAACGAAAAAUAAAGCUGCAGAUUUGUUUACAAAAGGCUUGAGUGGCAACAAGUUCGAAAGCUUCUAUCAUCAGCUGGGCGAGGCAAACAAAGAAGAAGCUGAUGUUGAGGGGGAGUAUUAA